AUGAGUAAAGCUAUUUAUGAUUUAGCAGUUGUUGCUAAUAAUGGAUUAAACGUUUCCAAAAAAUCAGUCAAUAUCAUAUGUAACGAUGUUUCCAAACUAUAUAAUCAACUGUUAUUAGUGAAUUACUUAGAUGGAUCUAAAUCUAUGUAUGAAGAAUUAAGUUGGAAAUCCAAUCAGAUAAGAAUGAAGAAGAAAAAACUUGGUAAAAGACAUUAUUCUACUAAAGCUUUUCAACCAGAUUAUGAUUUAAAUCCAAAUUUAAAUCCUCUUGAUCCUUUGAAAGAUUCUAAGGAGAAGAAAAUCGUUAUAAAAUCAGUUACUGAAGAUUCGAAAACUACUCAAUUAAAUGCUAGUGAAGUUCCAAGUUCCAGAUUAUCAAGAAUGUUCCAUUAUGGAUCUUUAGCUGCAGGUAUGGGAAUUGGUAUGGCACAACAUGGAUUCAAUCAUUAUACUAAUGGGGAAAAAAGUCAACCAUUAACAUUAAAGAAUCUUAUUUUAAAUCCUGCCAAUAUCGAAAGAAUGGCUAAAAAAUUUAGUCAAAUGAGAGGUGCUGCUUUAAAGAUUGGUCAAUUAUUAUCAUUCCAGGAUAAUUCCAUUUUACCUAAAGAAAUCCAAAAAAUUCUUUUAAAAGUUCAAAAUUCUGCUCAUUAUAUGCCAUAUAGUCAAUUAAAUAAAGUAAUGACAGAUAAUUUGGGUGGUGAUUGGAGAUCAAGAUUAUUUACCUCAUUUAAUGAUGUUCCUAUUGCAGCUGCAUCCAUUGGACAAGUUCAUGAUGCUGUCACCAAAGAUUUAUCCAAAGUUGUAGUUAAAGUUCAAUAUCCUGGAGUUGCCAAUUCAAUCGAUUCAGAUUUAAAUAAUAUUUUAAUGUUAUUAACUGCUUCAUCAUUAUUACCACCAGGAUUGUUUUUAGAUAAAACCAUUGCUAAUGCUAGAACUGAAUUAAAAUGGGAAUGUGAUUAUAUUAGAGAAGCACAAAAUUUAAUCAGAUUUGAAGAUUUAGUUAAAGAUUAUCCUGAAUUUAAGGUUCCAAAAGUUUAUCAUAACUUAUGUAGUGAUAAUGUUUUAACUAUGGAAAAAUUAGAAGGUGUUGAAGUUGUCAAAGGAGAUUGGGAUCAAGAUACUAGAAAUUAUAUUGCAACAAGUAUUAUGAAAUUAUGUCUUUUAGAGAUUAAAAAAUUUAAAUUCAUGCAAACUGAUCCAAAUUGGGCAAAUUUCUUAUUUAAUGAAAAAACUGGGAAAGUGGAAUUAUUGGAUUUCGGAGCUGCAAGAGAUUUCAAUGAUAGUUUUAUUGAUAAUUAUGUUAAUGUUUUAAGAGCUGCUGUUAAGAAAGAUAGAAAGCAAAUCGAAAUAAUAAGUAAAAAAUUAGGAUAUUUAACUGGACAUGAAUCUCAACAAAUGAUUAAUACUCAUAUUGAUUCAGUUAUUGUUUUAGGAGAACCAUUCUCUCCAUUAUCAAAUGGUGGGAAGAAAUUCAAUUUCAAAAACCAAACUGUUACUGAUAGAGUCAGAGGUAACAUUAGUGUAAUGUUGAAUGAGAGAUUAACUCCUCCACCUGAAGAAACUUAUUCUUUACAUAGAAAAUUAUCAGGAAUAUUUUUAUUAUGUGCAAGAUUAAAUGCUGAAGUACCAUGUGAAGAGUUAUUUAGAGAAAUCAUUGGAUUAGAAUAA